CCUCGCCCCUCGCCCCUCUCCCCUCGCUGCCCUCCCCGCGGGGAGCGGGGCCGCCAAAUGGGAGCUCCCAGCCCGGCCCCGGCGCAGCAGCGCGGCCGCCCCGCAGCCCCCCUGCGGCCAGGACCCCCCGGGCCGCCGCCCCCAUGGAUUUCCGAGCAGGAGACUCUUGGGGGAUCUUUGCCUUCCUGUGCGCUGCGCUCUGCAACCUGCCGGCAGUGCCCGCCCUGAACGGCACGGAGGAGCUGGGCGCCGGCCAGUCCAUCCAGAAGACCUACGACCUGACCCGCUACCUGGAGCACCAGCUCCGCACUCUCGCUGGCACCUAUCUGAACUACCUGGGCCCCCCCUUCAAUGAGCCCGACUUCAACCCCCCGCGGCUGGCGCGCGCCGAGCAGGUGCCCAGCGCCACGGUGGACUUGGACCUGUGGCGGGGGCUGACGGACAACGCGCGGCUGGCGGCCAACUACCGCGCCUACAGCCGCCUGCUCUGCUACCUGCGCGGGCUGGACGGGCAGGCGGGCACCGCCGAGCUGCGCCACCGCCUCGGCCACUUCUGCUCCAGCCUGCAGGGGCUGGUGGUCAGCAUCGCCGGCGUCAUGUCCUCCCUAGGCUACCCGCUGCCCUGCCGGCCCCGCCGGCCCCCGCUGCCCCCCGGCGCCCCCGCCGCCCCCAAUGACUUCCUCAAGAAGAUGGACGACUUCUGGCUGCUGAAGGAGCUGCAGACCUGGCUGUGGCGCUCGGCCAAGGACUUCAACCGCCUCAAGAAGAAGGUGCCGCCCGCCGUGGUCACGCUGCGCCUCGAGGCCAGGGGCUUCUGAGACCCCCCCCACCCUCCGCCGCUUUGCCAAGGUGGGGGACGGGGCCCCCCCGAGGCCACCCCGCCAACGCCUUGCUGUGCCUUAACGGAUGGGGCUUCAGAGCCCGACUGCCACCAAAGCCACCCCACGUCCCCACCAACACCACUGUGCCUUAACAGAUGGGGAUCCUGUCCCAAAGUGCCACCAAGGCCACCCCACGUCCCCACUGCCAGCUCACUGUGCCUUGAGAUACGGCGCUUCUGACCCCAAAGUGCCACCAAAGCCACCCCACAUGGUCACUGUCACCUCACUGUGCCUUAAUGGACAGGACUUCGGACCCCAAAGUGCCACCAAAUACACCCCACAUCCCCCCCCACCACCACUGUGCCUUAACAGAGGGGCUUCUGCCCCUAAGUGCCACCAAAACAGCCCCACAUACUCACCGCCACACCCUGCUGCACCUUGGCAGGUGGGGAUCCCGACCCCAAAGCGCCACCAAAGCCACCCCGUGUCCCCUCUGCCCAUAUCCCCACUGUGCCUUACAGAGGGGGCUUCUGACCCCAAAGUGCCACCAGAGCCACCCCGCAUAUCCAGCACCCGGAGAUGGGGAUCCAGGAACCCAACGGCCACCCCCUGUGCUCACCUCGCCGUGCCCCAAGGGAUGGGGCUCAUGCCCGUGGGGCUGGGGGCAGCGCUGCCCUCGUGGCCCCCCCAGCGCCCCGCUGACCCCAAGGGACCCAGCGCUAAGCCCCGCCCCCAUGCGAUUUAGGCCACGCCCCCUGCCUAAGCCCCGCCCACCAACACGUGUAGCACCUCCCCCCUGAGCAGGCCACGCCCCCUCUGCCCUCAAGCCCCGCCCACCCCGCGGCCGCAUCACAGCCUGGUGGGCGGGGCCAGCGCACAGGGGGGCGGGGCCAACGCACAGGGGGCGGGGCCAAUGCACAGGGGGCGGGGCCGGGCGCCUCGGUGCGUCUGUGAGUGUUUAUUUAUUGGAGAUGUUAUUUAUUAGGGUAUUUAUUGCAGAAGAUCUAUUCUUGUAUUAACGAAUAAAAGCCUUUUUCUCCAGA